AUGCCUGAUCCAGGUUUAUCCAAUCCAACGUCUUCAUCAAACUCUAACACUGGAGUGAUUAUUGGAGCCGUGGUGGCAGCGGUGGUUGUUUUAAUAACGGUAAUCUUGAUCGUUGCUUGUCUUCUAUAUCGACGAAAACCACAAAAUGAGAACACGCAAGACACUGGUAACAUUCAAAAUGCUGCUUAUGAAGGUGACACCCAAACAGACAGAAGUCUUCCAGAGAUACCUCAAGCUCAUAGAGAUUAUGAAGAACCAGCACAAUAUGCACAACUGGACAGUUCCAUGAGAGUUCCCAUAGAUGCCAACUAUCAAAGUUUGCAAACAAGAGACCACGUGCAACUUGGUAGAGAUCACAAUGAAAAUGUUCAGCGGUAUGCUUCAAUGAACAUUGAUAACAAUUUAAGAAACGAAUUUCCUGACGAAUCUGUGUACGAAGAAGUACCUUAG